GUUUGUGUUGGGGAUGUUGAGCUCUGUGAAGAUGGAAACCCAUGAUCUGCCAGAGUGGAAUACUUUUUACAGCGACGCCAGCGAGAUGUACUCAUCUCCCGCCACCAUGAACUCUGGUCUAGGUUCCAUGAGCUCCAUGGGAACCAGCUACAUCAACCUGAACCCAGCCACUGCCUCCCCAGCAGGUAUGAACAUGGCGUACCCCAGCUCCUCCCUCAGCGGUUCAUCGCUGGUCUCCAUGGCGUCCGGGCCCAGCCACAUGUCCCUCUCCCCAGUGACUUCUUCCCUCAACUCGAGCUCUCUCGCUCAGCUGGGCCCUGCUGCAUCCAGCUCCCUGGGCUCCCUGUCCCACUACCAGAACAUGGGCCAGUCCAUGAGUCAACUGGGAUACCCCUCAACCGGAACCCUGAGCCGUGCCGGGCCCAAGGAGCUUCCCCCGAAGCCAUAUCGGCGUUCCCUGACCCACGCCAAGCCACCAUACUCGUACAUCUCCCUCAUCACCAUGGCGAUCCAGCAGAGCGGCUCCAAGAUGCUCACCCUGAAUGAGAUCUACCAGUGGAUCAUGGACCUGUUCCCCUACUACCGUGAGAACCAGCAGCGCUGGCAGAACUCCAUUCGCCACUCGCUCUCCUUCAACGACUGCUUUGUGAAGGUAGCUCGCUCGCCAGACAAGCCAGGCAAAGGUUCUUACUGGACUCUGCACCCGGCAUCGGGCAACAUGUUUGAGAAUGGCUGCUACCUGAGGCGACAGAAGCGCUUCAAGAUCGAGGAGAAGUUGAAGAAAGCAGGCAAGAGCCAGGAGGGGGGUUCAGGGAAAGGAGGCCACGGUGGAGAUCACCUGGUGGGGGAUCACAGCCCCACAGGAGGAUCAGAGGGCGCUGACUCCGCCCAUUCAGACAACUCCCACCCGGGCUCUUCAGAUGACCAGCCGCUUUCCAGAAACUCCCUGGUUCCACUAGACCGCCCUCCACUGUCAUCCUCACACCUCCAUAGCCCACCCAUCUCUCUGCCACCAUCAUCCUCCACCUCAUCCUCCAUCCCUCCCUCCUCCCUGUCCCUCUCUGUUGCCUCCUCUGCUUCCUCCUCCAACCCACUCCUCCACUCCCAGUCCUUAGCAGGUAGCAGCCACCUCCUGGCCAGCACCAUGCAUCAACACAUGGACCUACAGAGCGAUGCCCUCAAGUCCCUGGAUCCCCACUACAAUUUCAACCACCCCUUCUCCAUCACCAACCUCAUGUCCAACGAGCAGAAGAUGGACCUCAAGUCCUACCAGGACCAGGUGAUGGCCUACAACAGCUACACUGGCGGCUCUCCUGUGACAGCCAAGCAGAUCUACGACAGCGCCGGGCCGUCGGCCAUGGACUCUGGUGCUUAUUACCAAACUCUGUACAGUCGCUCUGUGCUCAACGCUUCUUAAAGUGGACACUGACGUACAUCUACACACGUCUGUCGUAGUGAGCCAAGAUGGAGACUUUCUCCUUUCCGCUUGUCUUUUCUAAAAUGGACACCCAUGCUCUCUUUAUCUUUCUCUACCGUUCUGUCCUCGUCUGUGGCUCACGUCCAGUGGCCUUGAAAGAGUCUCACAUCUAAAAUGGCUGCCGUGUUUGAAGGACUAAAGAAUCCCCCCUUUUUCUUUUAUUUAACCAGCUCUAAUGAACAUGGAAAGUGGGGCUGGUUACAUGGAGGACAGAAAAAGAGGAGAAGUGGUCACUGAUAAUGAAGACAUUUGACUCAUCCGUGUGUUUGAGUCAACAUAGACGUGAGAUCCCGCCGUCGCAGGCGCACACUGCGCGGCUAAAUUGGCUUUUGUACAAAAUGUAAAUAGAG